CUCCGGUAAAAACUGCAACACAAAAAGCUUUUCUCAGCUUUAAAAACUGCAGCAACUGAUAUAUCCACACCCGGGUUUGUUUACCUGAAACAUGUGCACACAGUCUGCACUGCAGGAAGAAGAAAAAAAAGACAACAACACAGUGACGCUGUGCCCUUGCCUACCGCCGACCAAUCACAUCUCACUUGGAUGCUGAAUCCGACCAAUGAGAGAGAGGCAAGUCUGGAGCACCUGCAGCCAAUCGGCUCUGCAGCAUGGACCACUGAUGCAACGGCGAUGCAACAGACUUCAACAACAAAAGUGCGUUGUGAAUCAAAUAGUUCCCUAUCAAAACAAUACUAUAAUACAUGCAUAAGUAGCCUAUACUGUCUCUGAACUAUAUAGGAGUGUGUUUAAGAGCUGUGCACACGAAAAUCAAGACAAUCAGCAGGUUAAAGGAGAAGAAACUAACAGUACUGGCCCUACUUUUUGGGAAAAACAAUAACAAAGUGUAACGCGACACAUAAUGUGAUUACUUUACCCCAUUACUACUAAGAUAUUAACACUGAAAGGAGUCGGAACAACUUGUUAUUCCACUACCACUUCGAAAUUUCCCAGUUUCAUUGAAUUAUAGACCCUGAGUUAGUGUUUGUCCUCUGACUAAAAGCUCCUUGAUAUUUUAAAGCUAGACUAGGAUAAAAACAGCUUUCCAUGGACUGUUGCUGUACAUGGUGUUUGUGAUACAUUUGUAGCUUUCCAUGGAAUGUUACUAUAGAAUGUGUUUGUGAUACAUUUGUAGCUUUCCAUGGAAUGUUACUAUAGAAUGUGUUUGUGAUACAUUUGUAGCUUUCCAUGGAAUGUUGCUGUUCAAGGUGUUUGUGAUACAUUUGUUGCCUUUUUAUUUAAUUUGUUCUUGUUACUUUAAGCAUGAAGGAACGAGUAUCCUCCACACUACUUUUAUAACGGAGCAAAGCGGUGAGUUGGUGGGACGUCCUUCUGUGAGCACGGUGGAGGGCGGAGGGCGGAGGGAUCUACACUGUGCAGCUCGGUUUGUCCUGGUGACGCAGUCGGUUGCUAGGUGUGAAUGAACUGAUGCUUUCUCACAAUUAAGCAGCAGCUCCCUCAGUUUACAGGUCGACCACAACAAAGCAACAACACGCUGUCCCGGAUAUUCAGAGCUAAACAAAUAUGGCUCUGUUGUGAACUGGUCAAGUUUGUUGGACCCCCGAAAAAGAAACCGUGCUUUGCUUUUUGCAACGCACCCCCAAAGAGCUCUACCUGUUUUCCUGCAAGAAUGGAGUUUCAUUAUGCUCACCCAGCCCUGCUCACUGUGGCCCAUCUGUCAGAACCCGCUCGCUCUCAGCACAUGCUUGGACUUGGACUGAAUCAAAGCGCCAACAGACAAUAUGAUGGCAACAUCAGCUCCUGUUUGGAAGACUCUUCGUGUCUGCCCGGCAGACCCCCUCGCUCUCUCUCACCCACAGGCUAACCACAGCCAAUCACAGGGGUGCAGGGGGGAGGUGUCAGAGGAGAGUCAGCACUUAAUUGGUGAUGGUCUCACUGACUGGAUGACGGAAGAAGUGGAUUUUUCCUCGUACCUCCCAAACCCUCCUUCCCCUCCCUCCUCCACCAAUGCCUCCCUUCCCCCUUCACCCCUCCAGAAUGAUAUCCAGGUGCCCUCUGACUUGGAGGUCAUGACCUCUCUGCUGCAAGAGGAACUCGCCCAACUAGAGGACUACUUCCUGUCUGAACCACUGCCAGAGAAAGGGCCGAGGCUGGGAAGAUGCGACAGGGGUCCACUGCCGGCGGGUCCUCAGCCGUUCAAUCAGCUGCCAUACGCAUCAUACUCGACAGCCAACCAAUCGGAAUCCAGCCCACUCCUUGUUACCCUGGCAACCGGAGAACUGGACCUGCUGAGCAUCUGUGGCGGGCCCAUUGGGCGAUCCAAAAUUCCAAGACACGCCCCGUACAGCUGCAGUCGCCCCAGUGGGUGUGUUAGGAAAAGAGUUCCUGAUGGCGUGAGGUUCAGUGAAGGCUAUGAUAGCAGUUUGUUGAGUUCCAAAGGAAGUAACUCAGGUAAUUCAGCGGUGACCCUUACGGGCAACUACGACUGCGUAGAGGACGAGCAGCUAGUAGGGAAGAGCUACUGUCUGGGUAGUGCAGUCGAGGUCAGAAGAUGUGCCGCUCUACCAAAAGAAGACAAAAAUUGCUGUUUCGGUCAAGAUGUCAUAGGCGGCGCGAAGGUUGUCGGCGGCGGAUUUGGCUUUGGCGGAUCACUUGAUGUCCCGCACAAGAAAGAGGAUUUGCUGAUGUACAGCAUGAGGGAGGUCAGCGGAGGCUCCGGUAACAACGAGGUGCUGAGUAGUAUCAAAGCAAGUGUGGAGGUGACAAAAGCCACCGUUUCUUGGAAAUCAGAGAGCGGCGAAGGAUGUUAUCUUCCACCAACGCCGCAGUCCGAGGCCUAUCAUAGCUUCUUAGGCAACAUCAACGAACAGGUGAAAGCAGAGAGUCUACAGAUAGGGCAGCAUGAUUUACACUGUAAUUUCCUGGAGGAUCAGGGUCCAGAGUGUCUUUUAAUGGCUAGGGAGAGUCUGAACUUGGAGUCUUCGGGGCACCGACAAGCAUGCAGGCUGAAGGAAGACCACUGUGCUUUGAAAUACGAAGAAGACCUCAUUCCGGCCGAAGGCGGCCAGCGCAAACAGAAGAAGAGAGAUCAGAACAAAACUGCCGCUCACAGGUAUCGCCAGCGAAAAAGGGCGGAGCUAGAUUCUUUGGAGGAACAGUUGCACGGCCUCGAAGGGAGGAACCGGGAGCUCCGGGACAAGGCAGAGUCGGUAGAACGUGAAAUCCAGUAUGUCAAAGACCUGCUGAUCGAAGUUUACAAGGCCCGCAGCCAGCGGCACAAGCAGGACACGACAGCGUAACACCGAGCUCCUGCAAGUACAUUUAAAGAGGGCGUAACAGGGAAAAUGUGGCGCUUUUUUGUGUCUUUAAGAUUGUCCAGAAUUGAAUGUUUAAUUUUUUUUUUUGUUCAUGGCGGGCGGGUUAAAUGCAUGCUUUGCUAUAAUGUGAAUUAUUUUUUACAUUUUAAAUCAACACUCUUAUCCAAUGCUUCCAUUGCUUUCGCACUCUAAUCACUUGAGCCUGCACUGUGGCAUUGCAAUGCUUUAAAUGACAAUCAUUUUUAAUAGAUCUCACACUGCCUGGAUCUACUAAUUGAAAUACGGUUAUUUCUGAAGAAGUGAUGUUAUUCAUUAUGCAGGUUUAAUGUUUUUAACAGCCUUAUUAUUGGAAUUGAUGUCAGCAAUAGAACUUCAUGUUUUUUCUAUUUUAAAGUUUUAUUUAUUGUAUCGCCCUUUUCAAUAGUCGUCAAAUAUGUUGUUGGUGUCGACAUGUGAAACUGCAUCAUUUCAUUCUGAACACAUCUUUCAAACCAAAUACUUUUUCUAGAAUAAUUUCUCGCCUCUCUUGAAUGGCAAAAUGUUAUUUCAAUUGCUAUGAAUAUUUUAGAAUAUUAGGAUUGCGCUUGAAGAUGUGUUGACUUUUAUGAUUGCGGAAAGAACGGAUGAUGUAUAGAAGAACAAAAAAACAUUUUUUUCAUCGACCUUUGCAAAAAUGUGACAUCUAAAUGUAACAUAACAUUUUUAUCAGUUUAAAAUUGUUAUUUUUAUUUUUGGACAAAGCCUUUUAUUGACUUCAGGUUUAACGCAGCACAAAAUAUUAAUUUGUUAAAGGGAUCUGGAUGUCGUUCCUUUUUAUUUUACUGAAGGUCAAACAUUUACAUCUUACCCUGUUUGUUAGAAAAAAUACGUUGUCCAAUGUACAUUUGUUGUUUUUCCCCUGAUAUUUGCAAUACUUUUAAUUACUUUUCUCCAGCAGUGAAUAAUGUCCAAAUUAUAGAUUCUGUGACCGAAAGAGAACUAGUUAAUCAUUUAUACUGUUUUGAGGGUGGAAACUGACAUUGUAUUGUGUUUGCAAUUUUUUGCAAAUUAUAAAAUCUAAUUUGCAGCUCAGGAUAUAUUUGUCCUCCAGUCCUACAAAUGCCAGUGGAUGAUUCAUGUCCUUCAUUUUACAUGGUAGAGAUUUCACUGCUUUUGACAUACAGGUUUUCCUGAUGUAAAAAAGAAAAAGAAAGGUUUUCCUUAUGUACAAAUAUUGUAACUAGUGGAGUUCUAGCAGCCUCCCUCUGCAUGUUUUUCCAUAAACGGAGUAGAAAAUGUAGGAUUUCAGAAAUAAGUCGGGGGUUCUUUCUCUAAAGUGCUUGUUAAGGCAAUAAGUUUUCUAGGCCUCUGGCUGAUCUGCACUAAUUUGUAACAACUUUUGUAUGUUCAGGGAGUGAAGUGUGUUCGCCUUUUCUUUGUAGAAGAUUAACUUAAAAAAAAUCUCAUUAGCUUAUUUGUUGAGGCUUUUGCAGUGUUGGUGUAAGAGGAUACUGUCUAAAUUAUUUUCCAAAAAUAACCACUACUGUCACUGUAAAACAUGCCUAUACCCAGGAUAGAUUUUUUUUCUAUGCAUAUUUACUUUAAGACAAUCUUUGGAGACAUUUAUUUAUAAUGUUUAAUCAGUUUUUUUGGCAUGUUUGACCCUCCUGCGGUGCACUAUCAACUCUGAUUGUUAAAACCAAAAAUAUGUGACAGCACAUAAUAACCUUUGUAAUUUCAUGUUAUUUUUAAUCAUGUAUGCAUAUGUCAUGUGUGUGGCGUCUAUUUAUUAUUUUCUUUGAAAAAUAAAAAGUGUGUCAUCAACUCA